UCCGGUUUCUGCCGAAGUGACCAGCGAGGUGUGCGGAGUUUUUUUAUUAUUAUUACUAUUUCGGCUCGGCUUACGUUGCCGGCACGCAUGCGCGACGUCUCAAUCGCUUCAGCUUUCGGCGGCGGCGGCGGUGGAAGUCGAGGAGUUCGGAAGUUCAAAAUGGCGGCGGCGACGAUAGUGGAGUCGGGGCUGCGGGGGCGCGGAAUUGAUGAUGCUGAUAUUUCUGAGAGAAGUGCAAAUGAAGAAAAUGGGGAUAUUUCAGAAGGAGAGCAACCACAAAUUAAACACAGCCGGCAUAAAAAAAAGAAGCACAAACACCGAGGUAAACAUAAGAAACAUAAACAUUCUUCAGAAGAAGAUAAGGACAAAAAACAUAAACAUAGGCACAAACAUAAGAAACAUAAACGAAAGGAGAUUACUGAUGCCUCUGACAGAGAAGAUGGUCCAGCAAAAAGAACUAAAAUUGAUUUCUUAGCUCCUUUAGAAGACUUAGAAAAACAAAGAGCAUUGCUUAAAGCUGAACUUGAAAAUGAGCUAAUGGAAGGAAAAGUUCAGUCUGGGAUGGGAUUAAUAUUGCAAGGUUAUGAGUCAGGUUCUGAAGAGGAGGGAGAAAUCAAUGAUAAGGUGAGAAAUGGGACUAGAUCUGCAACUAAGUCAUCAAACGUUAAAGGGAAACCAGAGAUUGUAGACAAUAAAACAAGUUCAAAGAAACGGAGUAAGAGCAGAUCAAAAGAACGGACUCGGCACAGAUCUGAUAAAAAGAAAAGCAAGUCAGGAGUUGAUGGAAUAAAAGAGAAAGCAACAAGAAGUAAAUCAAAAGAGAGGAGAAAAUCAAAAAGCCCCUCUAAAAAAAUUAAGUCUCAAGACCAAGUAGGAAAGUCAAAGUCUCCAACUCUUAGAAGGCGCUCUCAGGAGAAAAAUAGGAAGUCAAAGUCUCCAGAAGAUAAGACUAAAGCAGAGGAUAAGAUGAAGUCUAGAGAUCAUAAAAAAUCUCCAGCUGUUAAUGAAACUAAAAACAGAGAUCGUGGCAAAAAAUCAAAAUCUCCAGUAGAACAAAGAAGCAAAUCCAAAGAUAGACGAUCAAGGUCUAAAGAUCGAAAAUCCAGGCGAUUGGAAGCUGAAAAAGAGAAGAAGCCCACCAAAUCUCCUUCUAAAGAUGCAUCAUCAGGGAAAGAAAACAGGUCUCCUGGUAGAAGACCUGGCCGCAGCCCUAAAGGAAGAAGUUUGUCUCCGAAAUUACGAGAUAAGCCAAGACGCAGCAGAUCACCUCUCCUUAAUGAUCGCAGAUCUAAGCAGAGUAAAUCGCCCUCUCGAAAUCUGUCUCCUAGGAGAGCAAAGAGUAGAUCUGUAGAAAGAAAAAGAAGAGAAUCAGAAAGGAGGCGUUUUUCUUCUCCAAGAACACGAACUAGGGAUGAUAUCCUUUCUAGACGUGAGCGAUCAAAAGAUGUCAGCCCACCUAGGUGGUCCCCAUCCAGAAGAAGAUCCAGGUCUCCUAUUCGACGAAGAUCUCGCUCAGUUCUUCGACGUAGCCGGUCUCCAAGAAGGAGGAGUAGAUCUCCUCGGAGAAGGGAUAGGGGUCGACGGAGUCGAUCUCGUCUUAGGAGGAGAUCUAGGUCACGGGGUGGCCAUAGGCGGAGGAGCAGGAGCAAAAUAGAAGACAAAUUUAAAGGAAGCCUUUCUGAAGGGAUGAAGGUUGAGCAAGAAUCCUCAUCAGAUGAAAACCUUGAAGACUUUGACGUUGAAGAAGAAGAUGAGGAAGCUUUGAUAGAGCAGAGAAGGUUACAGAGGCAAGCAAUUGUUCAGAAAUACAAGUACCUAACUGAAGAUAGCAACAUGUCUAUGCCAUCUGAACCAAGCAGUCCUCAGAGCAGCACUCGCAGUCGCUCAAACUCACCUGAUGACAUUCUAGAGCGGGUAGCUGCUGAUGUUAAAGAGUAUGAACGGGAAAAUGUGGACACUUUUGAAGCCUCGGUGAAGGCUAAGCACAACCUCAUGGCUGUUGAGCAAAAUAAUGGUUCGUCUCAGAAGAAAAUUACAGCUCCUGACAUGUUCACAGAAUCAGAUGAUAUGUUUGCUGCAUAUUUUGAUAGUGCACGCCUUAGGGCUGCUGGCAUUGGAAAAGACUUCAAAGAAAACCCCAAUCUCAGGGAUAACUGGACAGAUGCAGAGGGGUAUUAUCGUGUUAACAUAGGUGAAGUUCUAGAUAAACGCUACAAUGUAUAUGGGUACACUGGCCAAGGAGUUUUCAGUAAUGUGGUGAGGGCCAGAGAUAUGGCAAGAGCAAACCAAGAAGUGGCUGUCAAAAUCAUUAGGAACAAUGAGCUUAUGCAAAAAACUGGUUUAAAAGAAUUGGAAUUCUUGAAAAAACUCAAUGAUGCAGAUCCUGAUGACAAGUUCCAUUGCCUGCGAUUGUUCCGGCAUUUUUAUCACAAGCAGCACCUUUGUUUAGUAUUUGAACCACUCAGUAUGAACUUACGAGAGGUGCUGAAGAAGUAUGGAAAAGAUGUUGGCCUCCAUAUAAAGGCAGUACGAUCAUAUAGUCAGCAGCUGUUCCUAGCAUUAAAACUUCUUAAAAGAUGCAACAUCUUGCAUGCUGAUAUCAAACCAGACAAUAUUUUAGUGAAUGAAUCUAAAACUAUUCUAAAACUCUGCGAUUUUGGGUCGGCUUCACAUGUUGCGGAUAAUGACAUCACACCGUAUCUUGUCAGCCGAUUUUAUCGUGCUCCUGAAAUUAUUAUAGGCAAAAUCUAUGACUACGGUAUAGAUAUGUGGUCUGUAGGCUGUACAUUAUAUGAACUUUACACAGGAAAAAUAUUGUUUCCUGGGAAAACCAACAAUCAUAUGUUGAAACUUGCUAUGGACCUCAAAGGAAAGAUGCCAAACAAGAUGAUCCGAAAAGGAGUCUUCAAAGAUCAACACUUCGAUCAAAAUCUCAACUUUAUGUACAUAGAGGUAGAUAAAGUAACAGAAAGGGAAAAAGUAACUGUCAUGAGCACCAUUAAUCCAACAAAGGACCUGCUGGCAGAUUUAAUUGGGUGCCAACGCCUCCCUGAAGAUCAGCGCAAAAAGGUUCACCAGCUGAAGGACUUGUUGGAUCAGAUCCUCAUGUUAGACCCAGCUAAACGGAUUAGUAUCAACCAGGCUCUACAGCAUGCCUUCAUCCAGGAGAAAAUUUAAAUCCAGCGAAGAUGUUCAAAGGGUUUGACUAGUUAAUAUACAAAGACUGAUGCAAUUUCACAGCAAUUUAUAAAUGUACAUAUAGCAUAUAAAUAAUUACCCUGCAAAGUUGAGGAAGAAUGAUAUAUUUGAAUUAACACCAAGGCGGAUAUUUCUUUUAGAAAUGUUAGAGUAACUCUGUUUGUCUCUCACGUGAAGAUUUUUUCACUGUAGAACUGUUUUAUUGCCAAGACUGCACAGAAAUACAACGCUAGCAUAUAUGGCUGCAGUUCCCAAACACAUAUAUAUAUAAUAUAUAUAUAUAUAUAGAAACACACACACAUAUGCUCCCUCUCUCUCACCCUAACUAAAUGCAACAAAGCAUCUCUUAAAAUAUCAGUAAGACUGGGUGGUUGAUUUUGGUUUUUAGCAGAUUUGGCUUCAUUUUGGUCUCUGAAAAAUGGCCAGCAUAAAUGCUGUUUAUAUUGCAUUUUCCUAGGUGUGUGCGUGCAGGCCACAGCAGCAUGCCCUUGGUGUAGUCAGUGCCGAAGGGGGUCUAUUCCUUCUUGAGCCUGCCCGCAGGGAUGGUCUCCUCUUUUAAAGCAGGUUGCGUACAACUUUCAGUACACUGAAGGUAAGCUAAACCAUCAACAUCACUGACGUUUAAGAUGUUAAUUGUACUGGAGCAACUGGCAAAUGAGGGUCAAUAGCUUUGUAGCAGAAUUCCCUGCAUGUUUUUAUAAAUGAUCUUGUUUUUUUUGUUUUCUGGCAUUACAACUGUGGCAUAAUUCCAGCUUCUGUUUGAUCAUCACAUUCAAAGGAAAAAAAAUUGGGGAGUGUGCACUUGAUGGAGAGAGCGCCUUCAGUGUACUGUUUAUUACUUUCACUUUUAAAAAAUCAACUUGCUAUAUAUAUAGACUUUAUACAUUUUGUUAAAUGCAGUUCACUAUGGCAUAGAGCCAAUACUUAGAGAAGUUUUCAUUUCCUAACAACAAAUGCGGAGCUCCAGUUCCAAAAGUCCUUAUUUCAUGGCCAGAUAGAGAACACCAUAAUAAAGAUUUUUUAGCUACUUGUAUGUCAUUUGAAAGUGUACUGCUUUAUGCUAAAGGUGUUUUUCAUUUGUUCAUUGUUUUCAUUAUUUGUGAUCAUGUUGUCUUUCAAUACAGGCAUAAACCUUCCACUCUUGAACAAAGCAGCUGCUUUUUAAAAGCGGUAAUUGCUUCUUUACCUUUUAUUUCUUUUGUAAAUGAAGCUUUCUUUAAGAAAUGUGACUUUAAAGUGUUGUCUCUUGCAUAAAACAGUUGACAUUCACUUAUUGUAAAGUGAAGAUUGUUCUGCUGCAUGUAAAGUGGACCAUGCAGAUUUCUGUAUGUUUUCAGUAUGCAUCAUUAGAUAAUAAAGUCUUUUGUGAACAAGGCAUUGGUAGCCAUUUUUAAAAGAUUUUGUCUCCAGUGUUGCCGACUCAGGUAAUCGCAUCAGAGGAAUCUUUCGUUUUUGAUAGUCCGUUAAUUAAAUCAGUUAAUAAAAGAUGUGGCCCAUUGAAAGAGAGAUUAGAUUCUUAAUUAUCCACAUUUCAGUUUAGAUACUACCCCCUGCACCCUACAGAUUCUAUCUACUUUCAUUGUAAAUUUAUUCCUGUAGGUUGUUGGAUUCGAAUCAGGUUUUAACUAAUGUUUGUGCUGUUUUUCUUACUUUUCCUUUUUGAUGGUGCUGAGAGAGACAAGGAAAGCAAGUCACAGGCCACUCAACGCCUACUCCAGGGGGUCUGGUUUGCUGAGACACCAACUUCACCUUCCUAACAAGGUGCCGCUCAAAUGAAGAUGAUGGAAACCAGAAGACAUGAACAAAGGGUAAGUGGCAGAAAAUUUCUGAGAAACAUUUGCAUGGAUUGAAGUUUGCUCAGGAGGCAGAUCAGACUAUGAAAAUACAGAAGGCUGAUAUCUUUGUGAGAUUGACAAACAGUAAUGAACUUGUGCAUCAAAAAGUGAAGCAGUGGUUUAAGAUAACUAUUUUUACCAUUCAUUUUUGACGUUUGAUGAAUAACAAGCUUAUUAAAGUUUUUGUGUGUUUGCUUAUGCCGAGUUCUAUUGAAUAUUAAAUAACAGUGCAAUGACGCGUUCCUAAGAUGUGCAUCUAACCAUGUAGAAGACAGGUGGGGAACCUGUGGUCUUCCAGAUUUGGACUCUAAACUCCCAUAAGCUCCAACCAGCAUGUUGAGUGGUCAAGAUGAUGGGAGUUAUGGUGCCAGCAACAUCUGAAGGACCACAGGUUCCCCAAGCCCAAUCUAAGAAAACUCCAUGAUGCCUGGGCAUUGUCAGAUUUUUAGAUGCAUUCAUUUUAGUUCAGAUUGUGAAUAAGCACAGCUUGAUCUCUGUGAUAAUGUGUUUUAUCACAAACUAACAUUGAUGAACAUGGUUAACCUAGAAGUUAUUCUUUCACUUCUCCUUUUCUUUAUUGUAACUUGUCAAUAUUUUGCUGCCAUUAAGUAAUUCCUUCUUGUGAAUGCAUUUGACACAUUAAUUUGAAAUUACUAAUAAAAUGAAAACUAUAUAAGCUA